AUGGCGCCGAUUGAAGCAGGUAUCAAGCGCUUGGCGACCGAGGGGCUGACGUCCGACGUCAAGCGCGUUCGUUUCGCGCGCCCAGCAUCUUCUACAGAAGUGACGUCGAUUUCAAUUGCUUCGGAUGCCGAUCAAGUUCAAGCGCAGACGCUCCAGUGGUUCGCUCCCAAGUUCACGUACCACGCAUUUGGUACCAACGAGAUCAUUAACGGCUAUGAGGAUCUUCAGAUCUCUCUGGUGUUUAAUGGAUUCAGCUUCGAAGCGAUGCUCAACGUUAAGUUUAAAAACAAGGAAGACACUGCAGACGAUGUCAUUGACAAGAUAACGCCGUCACUUCCGCGAAACUACGUCCAGGACAAAGACGAGUUUGUGGCGGCACUACGUAAAGCAGCGGCCGAUUUCACCAUUCCUCCUGGGGAUUGCAUCGAGUCGUACUCUGUAAAUGUGAAAGAUGGAUCAACACCAGCACGAAUGCGCUACUAUGAGAUUUAUGAGUGCAAAUUAGAAGACAAUGAGCCAGCUCAGAAGCUGUUGGCCAAUUUGCAGACACUGUCGCUCUGGUUUAUUGAAGGAGCAGACGCUGUUGAUGUCACAGACCCGCGAUGGGUGGUUUACUUGACCUACGAGCGGGCAGAGGCCAGCAGCAGGGGUUUCUGUCCAGUGGGGUUCAUCACGGUCUUUAAAUUCUGUAAUCCUCUUGGACGAAAAGCUGCAUAUUGUAAGCCAGACCAAAAUGAGACGCACCGCAUCUGUCAGGCUCUCGUCUUUCCAACGCACCAGCGCCAAGGUCACGCUGAGCGCCUGGUGCGUUGCAUCCAUGCACAAGCAGUGGCAAACCACCGCGUGUACGAACUGACUGUUGAGGACCCGGUGCCAGCCUUUGCUAGUUUUCGAGACCUGGUUGACCUAAAAGCCUGUAUUGAGCACGAGUUUUUCUCGCUUGGAUUGAACGCAAGCGCAGAUGCUGGUGGAACAGGACGUGGUACGGUCGCGCUCACGACGGCAGACGUUCACGCCGUGCAGGAGAAGCUCAAGAUUACGCAGAAGCAAGUGCAGACCUGCUACGAGGCCCGCAAGCUUGCGUUUGUGGACCCACUCAACGAAGCACAGCGCAAGAAGUUUCGUCUGGAGGUGAAGAGGCGGCUCUACCGCUCACAUCUGGAGGAAUUAGACGGUAUGGAAAGCUCUGACCGUCGCAAAGCGUUUCUCGAGACCGAGUACCAGCGUCUUGAAGCACAUUAUCAGCAGUUGGCCUCGAAACUCGACCUUGUGAAUAUCAGCCACUCGUGA